AUGGGUGUCUCGAACUCGACGACUGCUGUAUUGAAUGGUUGUUCGCAACAUAGACUAUGCUUGCAACACUUUUGUAUCCGCGGGCAGGUGGAGCGGGAAGCUCGCCAGGUGAGGGUGGACUCCCUCCGGCAGGCGGACCCCGCUCUGCCGCUGCCGCUGCUGGGGCUGGAGCUGGAGUGCGGGGGAGGCUUCUACGUGCGGACCCUGAUCGAAGACCUUGGCCGGGCCCUUGGAACCAGGGCGCACAUGACGGCGCUCGAGAGAACGAAACAGGGUCCUUUCGAGCUCCAGCACGCCCUGCGACUAGAAGAGUGGGAGUACGAUCGGCUGUGCAAGCAUCUCGGGGAUGCACCGGGGAUACUAGAUCGCCUGGGGGCGAUGACGGGCCGAGGGACUGAGGAUUCUUCCGCCGCCGUGACAGAAAGGGCGGCCACCGCUGUAGAAGGAUGA